UGACUUCGCAUGGCCCACGUAGAGGGCUGCCACCAUGGACGAAAUUAACAAUGACCGACUUCCUUUAGGCCAAAGCGGAUGGGCAGCAUCCACUUCUUGUUUAGUGCCGACCCGCGGGCGAGAUGGUCAACAAGCUUCUGCGGAGACUGCGUUGAUGGAAGCGAUCAACGCGGUGUUGGCACAUGGAGCGUCCUCGAGCCCUGCUCACGGACCUCGCAAAGAUGGUGGAUCAAUAGUGGUGCUGCUGAAGAGGGGCUGUUUGAAGUCCUUGCGGGCGCCAAGUGUCCUAUGCAGGGCCGCGGAUUAUGCAGGACAAGUCCUUCACUUUCUCCUGGGCUUUGUCAUGAAGAGACCAGACCACCUUUUGCAAGUGGCGGAGGUGUUCAAUAUUCUCCUCAGCUCCGACGAGUGGCUCCAGCACUUGCGGCCCAACGGCGACGGCGGUUUAGUAGUCCAGGAGCUGCUGAGCCUCAGUUCCGAGCAGCAGGCUGCGUUGGGCAUGCAGAAUGAUGAGUUGCUGGCCAUGAUGUCGCCAGAAGUUGCCCAACUCGCCCAUGAUCAGCCCUCCAGAUUGUUGCAAGAUGCUGGCCAAGUGAGGAUGGAACUGGAAAAGAUCCGGAGCGGCCUGGGAGAAGGCGGCCUUCGCUUCAAAAGCUCGGUGCAGGAGCUGAGGUUCGAGCCCAGCUACAGGUCCGGCCUGGCCAGCAAAGUCGCCUCGGCACCCGACAACCCAACGGAGCGAGGCACAGAGGCAGAAGACCCGAGCCCAACAGGCUGGAGAUCUACAACCACACCCGAGGGCAAUCGUUACUACUACCAUCACCGCACUAAAGAGGUGCGACAUGUGCCACCUACAAUUACUGUCAGUGGAAGUCCUGAAGCUGAGCUCCCUUGCGCAAAACCACGCGUGGGUGAGAAGGUUGAAGUGUUCAGCAAUUCGGUGCAGCGAUGGUGCCCGGGGUUCGUUGAGAAAGUUAGCAGGACAGAAGUGACCAUCGCGUUUCAGCUUCCGAACGCGCGGGCUAACGAGUGGAGCAAGAAGUCGUUGGCGCUGGGUCAUUCGGAGCUCCGCUGGGUGUCGAGAGCACCUGGUUCGCCAAUGCCAAGUGCUGGCAGCACUCUCGAUAGCAAGCGCGCCACUACCAAACCGGCUUCUGGCUUUUUUGGCACCAGCUUGCCGACCAACUGGGCCCCAGAAGAGGUUCAGCUCUACGACUCGCUGUUCGCAGAACUGGAGGGUUUGGUGUGUGGUCCAAACGAGAACGGCAUGGAUCCGCUGGCAUCCGCUCAAUUAGACUACAUAGCCCAAUCUGGUUUGCCGCGGCGGGCGCUGCGGGAAAUCUGGCAGGUAGCGAAUCCUCACCUGAGAGCGAGCCUUGGUUUGGAGGAGUUUCGUGCCUGCUGCCGCUUGGUGGGCCAUUGCCAAGCUAUGUCCACUCAGUCGGAGGACGACAAGGAGCUCCGACAGCUGCGGGCGGGCGGGGGCGGCUUGCGGGCGCACUUGCGGAGCUCUUGCCUGGCCGAACCGGCGCCACGCUUGGCCGACUUCAGCCAGCCAAAAAAGCUGCCAUGUUCAAAUUGCGCAUGUCGGGUCCGUGCCAGAGACAUCUGGCUGUGGGUCAAAAAGAGGUACCCAAAAUGGACCCUGGUACAUGGAACCAAAGACUAA